AUGACUUCCGCGGCUACAACUAACCGUGCUAGUGACAUGUGGAACAAUGGUGCCCCCGUAAAUAGUCAAAGUGCAAGGCCAAUGCCUUUAGGUUAUCAAUACCCAGUGAACCCGAACUUUUAUAACUACCAUAGUAACUUUUAUUCGCAAAAUUGUGAUUACUCUAGUGAAUAUUAUAACAAUAGGUCUCAUGGAUCUAGUGCUGCUAGUAAAAUUGUGAAAACGGAGCCUGUUAAUUGGCAAAACUAUCCCUGUAAUUACCCGGAUGGUGAUCAAACCAACAUGGAAAUGAUAAAUAAGUGGCGAGAAAUGAAUGUUUACGCCCAGCAUCACUAUGAAAACUACAAUUUUGAACAAGGUAUCAAUCCAACCAUAAAUGGUUCCGGGUCAGAUGUCAAAGGUGAGGAUGUGCGAUCAAUUAACUCUCCUAGCCAAUGCAGUAUACCAGAUACUAACUACGGAUCACCACAAAGUGCUUCAAGUGCUAUAAAAUCUGCAACAUUAGAAGAAGAUGAUUCCCCUAAUUUAAGAGCCCUUUUGACUAAAGCUAAUAUGAAAAGAUUGCAAUAUGGAAAACAUGAUAAAUCCUACACACAAGAAAUGAUGCAACGCAUGAUGUAUCGUGCUAAUGAUACGGAAGAUUGGAUAAAAACUGGUGGCAAUGCGAUUGAGACUGAAAGCAAUUUAUCGCAAUUUCAUGGUGAAUAUGAGAGCGGUUUAGAUGGACACACGCGAACUAAGGACCAGCAAGCUAUGGGUGGAGUGACAAACGCAAGCGAAGGCGCUAAGUCAUCGGAGGUCUCUGAGAACUGUCAAGCAAUGACGAGGGUCGAUGCAGGCGGGGACAAUGAGGAUUACGCUGAGAACAAAAUGGCCGCUGUACCAGAAGUACAAGGAUUUUAUCCGUGGAUGAAAAAUAUUGGAGGUGAAGACAAAAAAGAAGGAUCUAAGAGAACUCGGCAGACUUACACAAGGUUUCAAACACUUGAAUUGGAAAAGGAGUUCCAUUUUAACAAGUACUUAUCCAGAAGGCGUAGAAUAGAAGUUUCUCACGCCCUUGGACUAACCGAAAGGCAAAUCAAAAUAUGGUUCCAGAACCGAAGAAUGAAAGCAAAGAAAGAUGGAAAACUUUCAACUUCUCCUGAUCCGUAUGGAGCAGAAGACUUGACCGCUACUAAAUUACAAAAUAUUCCUGAGUUUUUAGACCCUAGGCAGCAAAUGCCUGGACUGGCUGAUUAUCCGAGCACAAAUUACCAUAUGAAUAAUGGACCCAUAGCUAAUAUGGCCCAUUUAACAGGAAAUAUAAAUCAAAAUUGCGUUAUGCCCACGUAUGGAGGCAUGAUGCCGAAAAUGUGA